UGACCGAUAUGAAAACAGUACUGCUAUUGUUGUCCCAGUACGUUUUUCAUGAAAUUGAAUCGAGCAGUGAAGAAGAUGAUUCAGAAUACGAAGAAGAAGAAAUCCUUACUUUUAUUGGAACUUCUGAAAUUGAAAGACAUCCUAGACAAGUAGGGUACCUCAACAUCAUCACCCUUUAUUCCGAUGCAGAUUUCUUUCGUCACUUCAGAGUAACACGGUCAACUUUCCAGUACCUAUUGCACUAUCUACAGAACAACAACUUCCGAUCACAAGUAACUUUCCAUGGUGGAUGUGAACCCAUGACUCUCUACGAGAUUCUUUACAUCAAUCUUCAGUAUUUGGGUAACCAGGGCUCUAUGAGGUUACUCGCUGACAAAUUUAACAGAACAGAGUCAACCAUAUGUAAUAUUACUGGUGAAUUUUGCAAGUUUAUGUUUUUGAAACAAUCUGAUUUCAUCAAAUUUCCAACCAGGGAAAAACUACGUUCAGUUGCAAAUAAGUUUCAGAUGAAGGCCAAUUUUCCAGGGGUGGUCUCUGCUCUUGAUGGGUGCCAUAUUCCGUUCCAUCCCAAAGCCCCAAAUCAAGUCCCAUAUAGAAACUAUAAAAAAUUUUAUAGCUUCAAUUUGAUGGCAGCUGCCCUCCCUGAUCGUUCUUUUUCCUAUGUCUUUUGUGGUUUCCCUGGGAGUGUGCAUGACUCAACGGUGUUUCAGAAUUCCUCUUUAUUUCAAAAACUAGAAACACAAGAAGGUAUAUUCAAUCCCGUACGAUAUCACGUUAUUGCUGAUUCCGCAUUUCCUCUGAAAGUAUGGAUGAUGACUCCUUUUAAAAAAAUUCAUGGGCUUUUGCCUGCUGAUAGGAAAGUUUUUAAUAAAAAGCUAUCCUCAACUAGAAUGGUUAUAGAGUUAGCUUUUGGAGAUUUGAAAAAUAGGUUCAAGCGAUGUAUUGAUGUUAAUUCUACCAUUGAAAAGGGAGUCGAGAUUGUUGUUACUUGCUGCAUUUUGCAAAAUAUUUGCAUUCAGAGAGGUGAUGUGCUGUAUGGUGGAUUGGAUGAUGAAGCUAACCUACAUUGUAAUGUGAAUCGUGAUCAAUUUCGUGAAGGUAGGGUUGAUCGCUUUGCUGAAAUGAAGCGUCAACAAAUAUGUGCUUCAUUCCAAGGAAGACGCAAUCUAAAUCGAUUUGGAAGACGUAUUUGAUAAUGUAAUGAUUGUUCGUAAAAGAAAUAAAAUGAGAUAUUCAAA